AUGAUUAGAAAAAUAUCGUAAAAGAAAUAAAAAAUUAGCAUAGUAAAAAAGAAUAUAAAAAAGAACACUACAAAAGAGAUUGAAUAAAUUCAAAAGUUAAUUCUUUUGUUACAACAUUUGGAUACUGAUUUAUGUUUCUUGAAAGAGGAUAAUCUAAUCUUAAAAGAUGAUGUUAAUACAAAUUGUUAAAAUAAAUCUACUGAUAAAUUAAUUGCCAAAGGAUUAAAAGAGAGUAAUUUUUAUUAUAAAUGUAGAUUAAACCUGUAACACUUAAAAGUAAUCUCAUCCUUUAAAAGACACAUCAACUUUAGAAUAAGAAACUCAUUUUUUAUGUAAAGAUUUUUUAGAUUAGUACAAAAGAAAUAAAAAGAAGAACAGAGUGUGA